UCUGCGAUUCCUUGUGCUAUCCGUUUCUUAGGUAUUAUUAUAUAACCGUUGAUAUCCUCUCUUUUUGUCCGUUGUGUUGUCUACACUCUACCGACGCGUUUGGUUGCUGAGAAACAGCGGGAAAAGCGACAUUGAAAUAGUAGCUCUUGAAGGGAGCGGCGAGAGCAUCUGCAUUCAUUCACGCCAUCGGCUUGUAAAUUAGAAGGGUGGAUAGUUUGUUUGAGAUCUGAAGGUUGCAUACAGCAGCUAGGGAAAUGAGAAGGUUCUGUGUCUAGGAAUCUUCUGCUUGAUGGACUGCUUGCCAAAUAGCAAUGACAAAAAACUCUAAAGAGGUGGUUCUUCAUUGACAAAAGAGUUGGCUGAAGAGGAAACAUAUAUUUGAUCUUGAAACCGUCAAGUGCAUUGCCUUUGUCUGCUGUUAAAUUUUCCUUAGUUCGCCACCAAAAACUGUAGUUGAAUCUGGAUCCCAUGGAACUGAAACCAAAUAACUCGGCUCCUGUUCUCACUGACUCUGCACCCAUAAGCAAGUGGAGACUAAGUGGAUGUUCUGGUCUCUUUGCAUACCCAGCCCAAGGAGCAUCUUUUUCCUCGAAUUUAUUCCUAACCAUUCCUAGAAAGAAAACAGGAGUACUUGAUGAUGUUCGUUCAAGCAGUUGGUUGGAUGCCAUGAAAUCUUCAUCUCCUCCUCAUAAGAAGUUUACUAAGGCCAUUAAUAAUGAGUUUGCCUCAUCUGAUACCGAUUAUGCUUACAGAACCUGGAUGCUUAAGCAUCCAUCAGCACUUAUAUCUUUUGAAAAGAUUGCAAAUCACGCAAAAGAAAAGAAAAUAGUAUUGUUCCUAGAUUAUGAUGGGACGCUUUCACCAAUUGUGGACAACCCUGAUCGUGCCUUCAUGUCUAAUGCUAUGAGGCAUGCUGUAAAAAUGGUCGCAAAAUAUUUCCCAACAGCAAUAAUUAGUGGAAGAAGCCUGGACAAGGUAUAUGAGUUUAUUGGACUAACUGAACUCUACUAUGCGGGAAGCCACGGGAUGGACAUCAUGGGCCCUGUUCGACGAUAUACACCCGAUGACCACCAACCCCAUGUCUGGGCUACUGAUCGGCAGGGAAAGGAAGUCAAUUUGUUCCAGCCUGCUAGUGCAUUUUUGCCUAUGAUUGAUGAGGUUUCUAGGUCUCUUGUUGAGUGUACCAAAGAUAUUAAAGGAGCAAAAGUUGAAAACAAUAAGUUUUGCGUCUCUGUACAUUACCGUAAUGUAGAUGAAAAGAGUUGGACAAUGGUUGCUCAAUGUGUACAUGAUGUCAUAAAGGACUUCCCACUUCUUCGAUUGACUCAUGGGCGGAAGGUUUUAGAGGUACGUCCUGUGAUCGAUUGGGACAAGGGGAAAGCUGUCACAUUUCUGCUCGAGUGUUUAGGGUUAAGCAAUUGCAAUGAUGUGCUCCCGAUAUAUGUUGGCGAUGACCGGACAGAUGAAGAUGCAUUUAAGGUCUUGAGAGAGGGGAACCAUGGAUAUGGCAUUUUAGUGUCAUCUGUGCCGAAGGAGAGCAACGCUUGUUACUCUCUCAGGGACCCAUCAGAGGUCUUGAAGUUCCUCAAGUCUCUGGUAGCAUGGAAGAAAUCGAGUGCAUUAUAAAGAUAAUCGACGCAACUUAAAGAAGGCAUAGAAACCGAUUAUGAAAGCCUACAAUUCUGAAGUUCAUUCAAAAUAUACCACUCUUUUGGACCAGAGUUUCAGUCGUCUUCAUCAGAGCCAGUUGGGUUGUCAGCGGACGGUUGUGACGAAAGAUUGUUCUCUCAAUUGUAAAUUCGUUGAUUGUUCAAGUAAUCCAAUGUCCAGAACACCUUCAUGCCCUCAUCAAUCCGCCGUUCUUCAUUUUUUAAUAUCUUUAUGAUGUUUCUUCAGUUUUGGUCAUUAGCGUUCCCAAUAGGGGAUAUGUAUAAAUACUUGGAUUUUAUUUUUUUUGUUGAUUCUUUCAAUGAUAUAUAGAGGCAUAUGCUUGUAUCUUGCUCUUGAUCCAUACAUAAUUUGAUAUCCUUGCAGAGAUGCAAGCAUUUUACCAGAAUACUGACAUAUCUGAGUCAGUUUUGGAUCUUGCGCUAGCUCUCUAAGCCCUGAACCCAUUCCAAACAGAAUCAUAACUGGAAAAGAAACGAGGCCAGAGAGAGAGAGAGAGGAGAAUCAUGAACAGCCUCAUCAUAAAUGGGCUUGAGCCUCGCAGGGGCUACAAAGCACCGCUCGAGACGUGACAAUUACAAUUACAAUUACAGUAAUACACUACUCUUUCUAUAAACUCGGAUUUGCUGUGUGUCUCCCUCACGCCUCCUCGCCUUCUCCCCCGCCCUCUCUCUCUCUACACACACACGCUCACACACAUAUUAUCUCCUCUCUUCCAAUCAAACGAUCCUUCUUACCUCAGAGCAGCAGCAACAGACGUAAGCCUCAUUGGAACUCUCGUUACGUACUUCAGCACGCCGAGACACGGAAAGUGUGAUCUGCAGGACCGCCUCCAACCUCCGAUUCUGUAAUAUCGUCAAAUUUUGGCAUUCGGAUGUAUCCAGGGCACGCAAUUUUCACUUUCCUGCCGGAGCAUUGUCGAUCGGAGCGAUUACCAGAUUCACCGUUUGAAUACUUCCAAGGGCUUAGUUCCGUUGACGAGGCCAUUGAAAGGACGCACAAUUUUCACCCUCGCGCCAGAGCGUUGUCCAUCGGAGAGAUUAUCAGAUUUACCGUUUGAAGACUCCCAAGGGCUUCGUUUCGUUGACGAUUCCUUUGAAAGGAUCAGAUCUGGCGAACUGGUUAAUCACAUAGAUGGAAUGGCUUAUUCUGCUUAAAUUGUUCCAGCCAAGGAUUAAAUUUCAGGUGGCUUCGCUUUUUAUGUAGUCUUGACUCUCGAUCAGUACUUCUGUCUGUGUGACAUGUACAUAUUUAUUUUUAACUUAUGAUUGAUAUAACAUGCAUUCCAAUGUAUCUAAAUGGCUUUUUGGAUGUCCUGUCAUUUGGCAGAAAAGUCUGUGAGGGGUUGAUGGGCUGUGAUUUCUUUGCAUGAAUAUAAAGUAUAAUUAGAUUAAACUGAGGCUGGACAAAAUUUAUUGAAGCAAGGCUAUAUUGUCCUGUCACUUAAAUUAAUUUUUAAGCCAGUUAUUGCAUAGUUAGUAAGAGAGUCCAACAACUCAAUAUCCUUGAACAAGAAGUUCUUUAUGAUUGUUACCCUUCUUCAUGAAAGUGAAAACCAAAUGAAUAUUGUGAUCAACAUUUGGGCUUACCACUAGACAAUUAACAUAUGGGAUUGAACAUCCGCUGUGAUACUUAAUUGCCUUUGAUUGAAAGAGCACGAGGUACCUAAUUGCAUAUACUAAGUUGUGCUUAGUUUGUACUUUGUAGCUCAAAGCAAGUUCGUAUGAGAAUUGUUCCUACAAUGUUGAAUUCCAAUUCAAUUUCUUCCCGAAAUCUUUGUGGUUUUUGCUGGUUUUCUUUUGGGAAUUUCUAAUAACACUUAAUUAUGUGAAGUUUCAAUAUGUAUUUUCUGGCAUUCAAUUCAUCAAUUUGAUGUCUUAAGUUGUUUCUACUUUCUAAUUUUUAGAGCCUGUUUUUAAAAAUUUUUGCUCAUCUAUGUACUAAUUAAUGGAUUCUCAUUAGUCUACUAAAAAUCAUUUUGGCAUAUUUAAUUGAUAUCGUAUGAUGUGGUGAACUUACCCAAAAAAAAAGUGAUGAUGUGAAAAAACCGGAGUAAGAUGGUAAUUUCCUUAAUAAGGAAGCUCACGGGGUUGAACCACUCUCUACACAUCAACUUUGAAAAUAAUGGAAUUUAUUCACUGGUAUUUCACUUUUUAUUAUUGACUUUGUUUGGCCUUAGGAUGAUUGGACUCUUGCCAUCCUUCAGAAAAUUUCCUCUCACUUUUUGCGCUUUCAGUGAAACUUCAUUGAGUAAAUAAAUUAAAUGUGGUCACUGGCCAUAUUUAGGCUUAGUGGGAAUAAGUAUAUACUCCUGCUUUAUAAUUUAGGUUUUCUGUAUUGUUUCCAUACACAAUCAAUAUAUGCUGUUCCAUUUGUAAGUA